AUAUACCGCCGCUGUUGGUUGGUGUUAAGAAAAUCUUCCAGUAAGGGGCCCUGGAGACUGGAGAAGUAUCCGGACGAGCGGUCGGUCGUCUUGCGUACAUCACCGAAGGUGACGGAGAUCAGUAAUGUGAAGUGUAUAAUGCGGCUCCCAAAGGAGACUAAGAGGCAAGCAGUGGCCAUUAUAUUCUGCGAUGACUUAGCCCGAACCUUUACCUGCGACUCAGAACUGGAGGCGGAGGAGUGGUACAAGGUGCUGUCCACGGAAUGUCUGGGGUCAAGAGCCAAUGAGUACAACCUGGGAGAACCAGACCUCCUCACCCCGGGAGUGCAGAGUGAACAGACAGAGCGUUUCAGUGUCUUCCUUCUACCUUCCUCUAAUUUGGACGUGUACGGGGAGUGCAAGCUGCAAAUCACAGAAGAAAACCUCUACCUCUGGGACGCACACAACCCACACACUAAGCUGCUGUCAUGGCCACUCUGCGCCCUGCGUCGAUAUGGCAAUGACUCCACGCGCUUUACUUUUGAAGCAGAACGGGUGUGCGGUAUUAACGAGGGGCUCUACACCUUCCAGACUGCAGAGGGGCAGCAGAUCUACGAGCGCGUUCACAGCUCUGUGCUGGCAUUGGCCGAGCAACACAAGAGUCUCCUCCUAGAGAUGGAGAAGAACUCCCGGCGACUCAACAAGGAGAACGAAAGCCUGUCGCAGCCUUGCCCCAGCACUUCCAUGCUGCCCCGCAGUGCAUACUGGCAUCAUAUUACUAGUGGCCAAACCAGCGGCGAGUCUUCCUGCAGUAACAGAACAUACAGCGGCCGAGACUCGGACCCUAUAACUAGACGGAUGAUUGAGAGGAAACUGCCAACAUCGGCCUCUCAGUGACCCCGUCAUCGUGAUUCCGGGAUGAUGGACACCAUGGUCUGUGAACUAGAUUUUGGCUCGUCUGGAUUCUGGAAACAUGAAGAACUCCGUUACUAAGGCACCGACCCUCUCUGCACUGAGGGGAUCUUUAUUGGACGAGUAGCUUGAGGAGGGACAACCCUGUAAAAAGCCAAUUUUGCACUAUAAAAAAAGAACCAAGUUCUGACCUA